AUGUCUCUCCCCGCCCGGACCGCGACCGUCUCGCGGGUUACCAACGAGACCAAAAUCCAGGUUUCGCUGUCUCUUGACGGUGGCGUCCUCCCGCCCUUCGAGCCGACAUCGCACUUCCCCUCCCCCACAGAUCCCGAAGAAGCAGAGGCCGCGAAGAAGGGCAUUGUGCCGCAGAAAGAUGCCGCCCAUGCGACUCAAUUCACCCCAACCCAGCAGAUUACCAUCAGCACCGGCAUUGGUUUCUUAGACCACAUGCUGCACGCCUUGGCGAAGCACUCCGGAUGGAGUUUGGCCGUGCGGGCCAAGGGCGAUCUGUACAUUGAUGACCAUCACACCACUGAAGACGCCUUCCUCGCCCUCGGCACUGCCUUCACCAAAGCGCUCGGCGCGCGGCAAUCGCUGGCCCGCUUCGGCCGCGGCGACGCCCCGCUCGACGAGGCUCUGUCCUGGGCUGUUAUCGAUCUCUCCAGCCGGCCCUGGGCGGUGAUCAACCUCGGCUUCAAGCGCGAGAAGAUCGGCGACCUGAGCACCGAGAUGAUCACCCACGGGCUGCAGAGCUUUGCGCAGGCCGCCGACGUGACGCUGCAUGUGGGCUGCACGUACGGUGACAACGACCACCACCGAGCCGAAAGCGCUUUCAAGGCGCUGGCGGUUGCGAUCCGCGCUGCUACCGCGCGCCGUGUUGCCGGUGAGGUUGGUGCGGGAGAUGUGGUGAGCACCAAGGGCGUGCUAUAA